CCACAGUACAGUGGCACCGUAAGGCUAACGGUAACGGAGUAACUGUAAAAAAUGUCCAAUCAUUUGUUCUUUUUGAGUUUAGCGGAUAUCUUCUCGGUUUAUCCAACGAUUUUUAAAGAACUAGUUAGCACACGCGAGAGUCAAACACUUAUCUAUUUACCGAGUGAUGCUGACUGGCAGGAGCGCAUGUAUUACCGGCUCUUGGAGGUUCAGAAGCGCGUCAACGAAGCCGUCGAUAGUGGAGUUGAGGUCGACUAUGUCGCUGUGCGCAAAGACACACAUUCGUUCGACCAUCUGUCAAGCGCUUUAAAUAUAUCUCCAAAAAUCUCACCUAACGUUUCGCCAAAUGGUUUCUAUAAAACGCAGAAAAAGAAAUGCCAACAAAUUCGUGGCAAAUCAUUAAAAAACAAGAGUAAGUUUUGGAAUUUAAAAACUAUUGCUCUUGCUGCAAAACUACUCGCAAAGGCACCGAAGAAAGUACAGUUCGAAAAUGAACAUGAAAUGAGGAAAGUCUAUUCACUGAUAUAUGAUGUCUUUCGAUAUAAAGUCGUCCUUUCAAAUUCCCUCAAUGAUAUUAAUUUUUAUGAACAAUUUCCAGAGUGUAAAAGUGACGAGAACCGCAUUUGGUUAAUGUUUUACGAAUUACUCAGACGAAACUUUAAGCAACGUUUUUCUGAAGAAAUCGACUUGCAGUAUCAAUUAUUUCGCGAAUCAGAUGUAGAAGAAAUUGCCGAACAUCUGUGGAAGUUUCGAAAACCUUUAGCAGCCUCAGUGGCCCGAAUGAGAAUAAAAUUCAAUGCACUUAGCCUUUCCAAGUUAUUGCCUAUUCACCUACAAAAUGAAAAGGUCGCCAACGCAGCAUCAAACACAAUGGUAACGGGUUGGAUAAAUCCUUUUUUAUUGCGUGAUAAAACUUCAGCUGAUAAAUUUCUACACGAAUGCGGCUAUAUUCUGCAGGAGGAUGAUAACACGCACAUUUUAGAUACAAAUCAUUAUCGCUGGGAUAAUGUUUGUCCACUAUUCGUAUCUUGUGUACCACAAGAUAAGGGCGAGUUCACCAAAUCCAAAAUAGUCACACAGCAUUACUUUGUCAUUCAGGACAAAGCUUUCUCAUAUGGACCAGCCGUUAUGUCCAGACUUCUCGACUACUUUCAAUUGAGCGGUGACAUAUUACAAACGCACAUUUCCUCGCCACGAUCCACAGCAUAUUUAGCUUCACUGUUCCAUUCCGUAAAUCGACUAAACAAUUUUUAUGCUUACGGUGCAGGACUAAAUCUGAAAGAAUAUCGAAAGUUCAUGGAAAUACUUGGCGUCAAUAAUAUACGCAUUUUCGCAGAGUCCUUCACAUCAUUCCCAUUAGAAUCGAAACGUUUCGGCUGUGUCGUCGGUAUUUUCGCCAACCCGCCGAACUCUUUUAGCGCAAUUUCUGAUCCAAUCGAUUUGAUAUGUUCACGUGGCGGUGACUUGAGUAUGUUAGAAGUGCUCACCGAAUCAGAGAUAAGUGAGGAAGGUAAACGUAGAGUCUCACUAAUACUGGAAGAACAACUACUCACACUGCAAUUGGCUAUGUCGAGACCACAAAUACAAUUUUUACUCUAUCAAACGCAUUCAAUUGUUUCAUCGGAGAAUCAGGAUAUGGUCGAUUAUAUUGUGAAACUCGUAAACGAAACAUCGUUAAGAAAGCAUCAAAGUGCCUUUAGGGAACGAAAACGCCUGGAAGCAAUAGCCGAAGCAGAGGUUGCUAAUAUACCAGCUGCAGCAAUGGGUUCGCCGAGGAAACGUGCCCCAAAUGCGCAAGCGGAGGAGAAAGUUAAAGCGCAGUCUCCAACAGAAGCUGGUACGACAAAAUCAGAUGGGAUUGUCGAAGUGAGUGGAGUAGCAGAUGAAAGUGAAGAUAACGUGGUUCUGCCGGACGCCGAUGAAUUUAUGUGCGAAAAUAUACCCGAUAUUUGUAUUAAUCAGGAUGGCUGCAUAAAACAACAUUCAAUUGGUUGCUAUCUUUCAUUAAUUAAAAGAACUAAAAUCACACAAUUGAAUGCCAAAUAUCUAAUAAAGAUGGCAGAGGCGAGAGGGCUCUUCGAUACGGCAGACAAGAGUACCGGGCCAAAAGUAAAGGGCAUUAAAACGCUGGAAACAAAUAUCGAACCGAUUAUAGAAAGCGAAUACUUCAGCAGUCGCAGAGUAGUGAAGCGCAUUAAUAUAGAUCAGUUGAUCUCUCGCUUGAUGACAAAUACAAACUCCAGUAUAAAUCGCAUUGGUAUAAUUAAGGCGUCCAACAUAAGUCAUCCAGUAAAAUUCAAAUUUAAGAGAACGGAGUGCAAACGUUAUAAGACCACAUUGCUAAAUAUCUACCAAAUCUCGAGACAGCGAUCGGGGACGUUCAGAUGUUGGCGCUGUUCAGUUGAAAGUUUGGAAGAAAUUUGUUCAAUAGCAAUUUGUUGUUUACGGCGCAAGGGCUUAAGAAAAUAUCCAUAUCCCUUGCAUAUACAAAAUUUAGAAAUAUGAAGUAAACAAAAAUAAAUGACUUGU